AUGGGGAGAGAACAGCAGCCUCACGUAGGGGCGUCUUUGGUUGAUCCUCUUCUUGCUGCGCCAAAGGAAGAGACCCAUUAUCGUUGCUAGAGCUGUCACCAUUGGAAGGGGAGGAAUGGAUGAGCUGGCCCACCUAUGGUGUGCUGCAAGUGUUGCCAAGGGAGAGAGGAGGAGCAGGCCAUCCCCACAAUAGGAGAUGGAUGCACCAAGGGAGGAAGGAGAGAAAGAGAGAGCUGAUCGUGAAUGAGGAGAGGGCUGGCGGCAGCUCCCCUCUUUUGAGAUUGUGUGCCCUACAUUGGGCCUUCUGA